AGCGUGUGGUGAAUACAGUCAGACACUAGGGGGCAGUAAUCACUGGAGGCCGCGUGUAAUUCCAGGCGCUCUUUUACGCUUGUUUGGUAUUGUUCCUCUCAGGGUGCAAAAGUUAUCAGAGGAAUAAUAAGCAACGAAACUGGCUCUUAGCAUAGUCUAAUGUAUGCAAAUAUUUUGUAGAGUAGCGAACUCAGUUGAACGCUGCAUAAACACAUCACUCAAACGGGAGUUUGUCGCACUAGCUGAGGAGAGAAAAGCGCUCUUAUUCAACAACACGAAGAAAAGUGCAGACAAUAUUAGCUAGCUAGCGAACUAGCAACCAGGCGAAUUGUGAUUUGUUCAGUUAAACUUUAAAAACAACCGCUGUGGUGGACUGUAUCAGUAUUUUUUCUUUUUUUGUGCGACUCGUUUUUUUUUCUCUUUUUCCAUUUCGUGUUUGUGGACCGUUUAUACACCCAGCUCGCGCCACCGACAGUAAUGUUACAGCUCGAGGCCUGUUGUGCCUCUCACUAAAAUGCUGUUUAUCGUUCAGUCCUUCGUGUCUGUGCGCUUUAUCACAAAAGCUCUCUCUACUGAGGCAUUUGGGAUCUGACACGCAUGGAAAACAGACUCUAGUCUGUGUUAUACAUCGCCUACACCAGCUUAUUAGCACCGGACUGACCGUCUGGAGGAUCUUCUCGAAAUCAAUAUAAAGCUUUGACAUGAUAACAGGCAGACGACUCAAAGCCGCUCAUCUGCUUGCGAGUCAUGUCAAAUUACACUCUUUGUCUGAAGCGUUGGGUGAAGCCUGGUUGAUUGAGUUAUCGUGUAUUGGGGGUCUGAGCAAGACUCGCUGUCAGUAGCCGAUCAGCCCGCUUCUCUCGUCCUGCCGCUGUCUGAUCCCGCGGAGAUGAACCCGGUGAACGCCACCGCGCUGUACGUGUCGGCGUGCCGCUCACUUCUGCAGUGCGACCCCAAAGACCCGGACACAUACGGAGGGCUGUUUAACGUCCUGCCUUUCUUUAGGGACUCCCUAUCCUGCUUGGUGUGUGGGAAUUUGCUUCAGGAUCCAGUUGCUCCAAAAAAUUCCUCCUGCCAGCACUAUGUUUGCAAGGGUUGUAAAGGCAAGAAAAUGUUAUUGAAGCCAUCGUGCAGCUGGUGUAAAGACUAUGAGCAAUUUGAGGAGAAUAAACAACUCCAGAUUCUGAUCGACUGCUACAGGAAUCUCUGCGAGUGUGUCUCGGUGUGCGUCACAACAGAGCAGAGAGCCUCGGGGGUCAAGGGUUACCCUGAGGUCAUGAAGAUGCUGGAGGAGGUGUUGGGGGUGAGUCAGGAACAAGAAGACCUCAGUCCUGUCAAAGACACUUUGGAUGUUCCUAAUCUCAAAACAGAGACGGACUCCUCACAAAACUCUACUGAUGUCAGCUUGACUGAUUUGGACAAACCCUCUGAGCAGAUCCCAGGUGAACUAGAGCCCCCUGAGCCUGUCACUGUUGACAGACCUCAGAAAUCAGACUCAGAACUACACAUGGGUACCGUCACUGUUAACGUAAAGUGCAAAGUUAGUCAAGAGACAAGCGCCGAAUCGGUGCAACCCAGUGCGGAGAGCACAAGCGUCCAGGAGGACCUUAAACCUGACAUUACGAGCAAGGAUGUGUUGUGGGGACAGUCUAAAUCAACACCCGAGCCGUGUCAGAACUCAUUACAGUCCCAAACCAGCGGCGCCCUUGCGCCAGGACACCCACCACAACCUCAGACGGGCCUAACGUGCCAUGCCACAGCCCACAGAAAAGUGCGUCUGAGCCGAAAGCGCUCUCGCUCUGAAAGCGACAGUGAGAUGCUCCAACCUCUGCCCAUCACCAGCCUCAUCCAGGGGCCAUCGGUAGAAGCCACAUCUCCGCCGGAAACAGCAUUUGAACCAAAAGCGCCCUCCCCACCUGCCGUCAUGCUCACUAACGGAGGCGUUUUGAAGGUUAAUAAGGCUGUGCUGGAUUCAACUAAAAAUAUCCAGAUAAACACAGACCUAGGUAAUAAGAAAGUUCAGGCGAAGUCUAAAGUGGCCGUCCCAAAGGCAAAGGCCAAGGUGAAGGACAGGCUGCUGUCAGCUAGCGUUUUAGCAGGACAACCAGGACAGCCCCCUAAAGUCGUAUACAAAAAGACACAAGAGAAAAAAGGAUGCAAGUGUGGACGAGCCACUCAGAAUCCAAGUGUUCUUACCUGCAGAGGUCAAAGAUGCCCCUGCUACUCCAACCGUAAGGCCUGCUUGGACUGCAUCUGCAGGGGCUGCCAGAACUCAUACAUGGCCAACGGGGAGAAGAAGCUGGAGGCUUUCGCCGUGCCCGAAAAAGCCCUGGAGCAAACCAGACUCACUCUCGGCAUCAACCUCACCAGUAUUUCUGUCAGAAACGCUGGCACGAACGCUGCGGGAGUUCUCAGUCUGUCCGCAGGCUCCCCGAUGGCCUCUUUCCUCACGUCCAGCGCCGACGAGGACCAGAGUUUUGAAGAUGCUCUCGAGAUGCAUUUCGACUGUUGAUAGCUGUCCUGCUACUGAUCUCUCUCUCUCUCAGCCGUGAUCAAUUCCCGGUUUAUGUUGAACAGAAAUGGUCUGUCUGUAGUUUUCAUGUCCAACCUCUACCAUCACACACAAACACACACUGCUGUAAUGGAAAGUUACUGUGAAGCUGAGUGUUAUGGCAUAUUUCGUUUUUAUUUUGAAGGAACUGUUCGGGUCUGUGUGGCUGUUUUAUUCAAAAUGAACUUAGGAUCUGAUAAAUGACUGUUGUUUUUCUUUAAAUAUUCGAUGACCCAAACCUUAAAAUGAGUUUUGCAGGUAUUUGUGUGAUACGUUUUGUUGGGUAACACGUAUAGCUCAUUAUAAGCUGUCCCAAAGCAGUGAUUAAUGUGUUUACAUUCUGUGGUGAAAUUUAUUUUUAAAUAUAUAUGAAUAUAUU